AUGGUCAACUACGGUGGAGACGAAGUAUCUGCGCUUGUGCUCGACAUCGGCACUUCUACUGUUCGUGCGGGGUAUGCUGGGGACGACACGCCGAAAGCGGUCAUCCCGACGUGUUAUGGCCACAUGGAGGAGCAGGGGGAUGGAGACGUAAAUAUGGAGGGCGCUGAGGAAGGUGCACAAGCUCCCAAGAAGAAAACAACGCUCUACGUUGGCCAGAAUGGCCCUUCGGUUUGGAGGGCCGGAAUGCACAUCGCUCACCCAGUACAAAAUAGCCUGAUUACCGACUUCACACCAAUCCCCGCCCUCGUCUCCCAUGUAUUCAAGGAGGUUAUGCGAACAGACCCCUCCGAACAUCCCGUACUCGUAACAGAACCGGCAUGGAACACUCCAGAGAAUCGCGAGCGGAUGGCAGAAAUUAUGUUUGAAGAGUUCGAUGUCCCGGCAUUCUAUAUCGCCAAUACGGGCGUGCUGAACGCUUUCGCCGCAGGCAAGGGCUCCGCACUCGUCAUUGACGUUGGCCAAUCAACUGCAAGUGUCACACCUAUCGUUGAUGGCUUCGUCCUCCGGACAGGACUCUCUUAUUCCGGACUUCCUCAGCUGAUUCAUGCUCACUCUAAGUUCACGCUGACGACGCCACAACCUGGUCGCACCGGCAUUCAACUUAUUCCACACCAGUUAAUCACGAACAAACAGCCAGUAGACCCGACCUUCCCGCCCAAGUUCGUGCUGCGCGAGGACCGUGUGCCAGGCGUCACAGACUCAUGGCGAUCGUGGUACGAGGCACGAGAAGUCGAAGAGUGGAUCCAGAGCGUCGCUGGCGUGCUUGAUCAGGGCUGGAACGACCAGGCAGCUGCACAGCGCGGGCCAAGGCACUACGAAUUUCCGACGGGCUACAACACCUACUUCGGGCCAGAGCGCUUUAGCGUCGGCGAGCUCUACUUCUCGCAUUCGCCUCAGCUUGUCGCUUCGAAUCCGAAUCUCCCAAAGACGAUUCCCGCUUUAAUCUCGUCAGCGCUGGGCAAAUGCGACCCAGACAUCCGCCAAGUCCUUCUCGGCAAUAUCGUACUUACUGGCGGCGGAAGCAUGCUCUCUGGCUUCGCUGACCGUCUCAGCGCAGAGCUCCAGCGGAAUGUCUCACAUGUCAAAAUUCACGCGCCAGGUAAUCCUUCUGAGCGUCGGUACGGCGGUUGGCUCGGGGGCAGCAUCCUCGCUAGCCUGGGCACUUUCCACCAGUUGUGGAUCAGCAAGGAAGAGUGGAAGGAACACGGCAAGGCGAUUGUCGGGCAGAGAUGCAAAUAGAUAAUCGCCGUUUCUAGAUACCUUUGUGUCCACAAUGGCAUGCUCGUUCGCACACAUGAAGUCUCGAGACGGAGAUAUUCAAUUGCCUGAUGAGUGUACAGGGGGUUUAAACGCAACAUGAAAUAAUCCUACGGACGUACACCCACUACACGGCUUCAUCCAUUUUGCGUGGUGGUGCAGUCCCCUACGAGGGGUGGAGGGUGGUUUCCUUUGAUGACCGGGGGAGAGGCGGGAAGCGCUGCUUCCGCGAUUCCCUGCGCCAAACCGUCGCCCAGCACAGACCCGCCAGCAACUGCUCUUGCCAUUCCCAUCUCCUAUCGACCGAGAUCCACAGACGCACAGACUACCGGAAGAGAUAAGAUCAUAACACGCUCGAGCCAAAGAAUGGCAGAUAAAAGGGGAGAAGGAGAGGAAGCGACGGCGACCGCUCUGAGGUACAGUGCAAGCGUCCGGAUCAGAGAUGCGCUCGUCAAUAAUUAAGUUGAAAGGAAAGGUUGGAGAAAACCGCGCGAUGACAAAUCGAGCGGACACCAAAAUGCUGUUGUUGGUCAAUCAUACAAAUACAUCAGAAGGGGGGAGGGGGGUGCUUUGGAAUGAGCUGCGAUGCGAUGUGAUCCUCGCAUGGUUGUUCAGAAUGCCUCCACGCCCUCGCGCCUCUCGCGUGCAUCAAGCAAGGCGCCGAGAGCACCAAUGGCCUUGCGACGGCCACGGGUGGCAAAGUUCCUGGGAAUGAGCUCGUCGUUGUUGGACGGCGGACCAAUCGGCUGGCGAACAGGCGCAGCGACAAGCCGCUGCACAGACGGGGGUGCGACCGCGACAACGACGGCGGGAGCACGCCCGAUGCCGAGCCCCUCGUAGAGCUUCUUCGAAGCCUCCUCGCGAGGAGACAAGGGAGGCGCAUCGCCGAGAGAGGAGGAUGUGCGCGGCGUGCUUGGGGUGGAGCCAGACUUGGAGGACACGGAAGAACUGUCAUCGCCAUCGGCAGCAUCGGCGUCCACAGCCACGGCGUUGAUGUUUUGAGGUGCGGCCGAGUUGAACUGCAGCGCAGGGGGACGAGUCUUAAGAGGGCUGGCGGCGGGUGAGAUGCGUUCGACAGGAGGAGGGGUGAUCUUGACCAAGGGCGAGGACACGGCGCGAUUGCCGCUCAGGACCGAGUUGUUGCCACCCCGCCUCCAUGAGACAGCGGCAUCAGACUUUGACG